CCCCCCUACCCCCCUCUCCCCCACUCAUCUCCCACCCCUACUCCCCUCUCUCCCACUCAGAUCCACCCCUCCAACUCUCGCGCGCCUUUUAUCUGCUCCUCCGCCUGUGGUUCCACUGCGCUCUGACCCAUGAGGAGACUCCAGCAUCCUACCGGCGCAACGGAACCGCACGCGCUGUCCCGAGGUGAAAACGUCAACGUUUGGCUUCAAGGAUUAGCUUUUUAUUUUUGUGGAAGGUCAGGACACUUCAGGGUUGAGAUCGUGACUUUUCGGGGUUUUCGGGGUAUUCAGUCUGAACUUCGGAGACACAAAGUGGAUCCCUUGGGUCUCGAGCAUGGCAGCAGGAACGACCUUCCUCAACUUUUGACAGCCGCUGACCUGGAGGCGGACAGCGGGUAUUGAUACCCGGUAUUGAUCAGCCGCUUCACCCCCCUACAUCUGUUACCGUGGGGGUACCUCUGGAUGCGACUCGUUCGCUGCUCCGCAGGAUUUUUUGAAAGUGUUCAGAAGAAAUAGCCCAGAGCAAUGUUUGGUUUGAAUAAGGUGGCGAGCUCUCGGGGAGCCGGGCUCGGGAGCUUACGGUCCUCGGGGGUCCGGUCUGCCCCUAGGGGCAGAGGCAGGGGCAGGAGCGGGAUGUCCUGCGAGGGCUCCGGCGCCAGCACGCGGAUUUACUGCGCGUGCGUCCUGCUGCUGCUGGUGGUGACGCCGCGCGUGGACUCGUCGUGGUGGUACAUCGGAGCCCUGGGCGCCCGGGUGAUCUGUGACAACAUCCCGGGGCUGGUGAACAAGCAGCGGCAGCUGUGCCAGCGGCACCCGGACAUCAUGCAGUCCAUCGGGGAGGGGGCCAAGGAGUGGAUCCGGGAGUGCCAGCACCAGUUCAGACACCACCGCUGGAACUGCAGCACGCUGGACCGCGACCACACCGUGUUCGGACGCGUCAUGCUACGCAGCAGCCGUGAGGCGGCGUUUGUGUACGCGGUGUCCUCGGCGGGCGUGGUGUACGCUCUGACCCGCGCCUGCAGUCAGGGCGAGCUGAAGACCUGCAACUGCGACCCCCACAAGCGCGGUCGGGCCAGCGACGAGCGGGGCGACUUCGACUGGGGCGGCUGCAGCGACAACAUCAACUACGGGAUCAAGUUCGCCAAGGUGUUCAUCGACGCCAAGGAGAGGGCGGUGCGCGACGCCCGGGCGCUCAUGAACCUGCACAACAACCGCUGUGGCCGAGCCGCGGUGAAGCGCUUCAUGAAGCUGGAGUGCAAGUGCCACGGCGUGAGCGGCUCCUGUGCCCUGCGGACCUGCUGGAUGGCCAUGGCGGACUUCAGGAAGACGGGCGACUACCUGAGGAGGAAGUACAACGGCGCCAUCGAGGUGACCAUGAACCAGGACGGCACCGGCUUCACUGUGGCCAACAAGGCCUUCCGCAAGCCCACCAAGAACGACCUGGUCUACUUUGAGAACUCCCCCGAUUACUGUCUGCAGGAUAAGUCGGCAGGUUCUCUUGGCACGGCGGGCCGCGUGUGCAACAAGACGUCGCGCGGCACCGACGGCUGCGAGGUGAUGUGCUGUGGGCGGGGCUACGACACCACGCGGGAGAAGCGCAUCACCAAGUGCGAGUGCAAGUUCAAGUGGUGCUGCGCCGUGGAGUGCAAGGACUGCGAGGAGGCGGUGGACACGCACACCUGCAAGGCCCCCAAGCGGGCCGAGUGGCUGGAGCAGACCUGAGGGCCCACGGCGACCAGGACGAAGAUGAGGAUGAUGAUGGCGACGACGAUGAUGAUGAUGAUGAUGAUGAUGAUGGGGACGAUGAUGAUGAUGAUGAUUGGGUUGAUGAUGAUGAUGAUGAUGAUGAUGAUGGGGACGAUGAUGAUGAUGACGAUGAUGAUGAU